GUUGAAGCCCCAUUGCACCAUUUUGUCCUGCUGUUAACUGCUCCAUUUUUCCAGGCUGCUUGUGGAAUUACCAAGAAUCCAAAGGAUCCAAUAGUUAACAUUGAUGCAGCAGAUGUGGACAAUGAAUUGGCAGCAGUGGAGUAUGUUGAGGAUAGCUACAAGUUCUACAAGCUUGCAGAGGAUGAUGCUCGAGUUCGUGAUUACAUGGAUUCGCAGCCAGAAAUCAAUUCUAAAAUGAGAGAGAUCCUUGUAGACUGGUUGGUUGAAGUUCACAAGAAAUUUAAAAUGAUGCCUGAAAGUCUGUACGGGAACUAGGCCUAAGCGAUGAGCAACAGCAAUUGAAUUGAGAUUCCAUGAUGAUCUUGCAGAAGUACAAAUGGAUUUGAUGCAGCGUACUGCCAUUGGAACGUAUGCUUCAUAUCUUAGCUCUAAGACUGUUUUGCCUUCAACGGUGUCACGAGUUGUGCCGGAAAAAGUUGCUAUGGCACUGCAUUAUGGUGAAUGAACAUAACUGAUGUAUUUGAUGAUGUUAAUAGGAUUAUUCUCUUCCAAUAUUUCAAUUAGAUCUCUCUCAUCAGCCAUAUUGACCAUUGAUUCUUUUUAACAGCAAAGCUUCCUGAAAUUAUCUUUGCAAAAUUCGUUAAAAGAUAAGGAGAUAUUAGAGUGCUAAUCUAAUAACUUGGAUGCAAGUCAACCAACCAUCUUCUUGCAUAAAACUAUAAAAAAGUCCCAAGUUCAAUGACAAACGGUGUAAAUGUAGACAAUAAAACAAAAGUGGUGUUAAACUAUUUAGCUUUGUUCUUUCAUGAAGUGGCCAGAUUAAAAAUUUUCUUGUAGUGAUUUCAGCAUGUUAUGCUAAGCUCAAGUAAGCUUUAAAAUAAGUAAUUUUUUAUUGGAUCAAAGUUGG